AUGAGAGCCAGCAACAUCAACAACAACAAUAAUAACAAAGGAGUAAUGGUCGAGGGAGGGACUCCUGGGCAAUGGACCAUGAGAUUAGCCUUGGCAGGUUUUAAACACUCUCCAGUAUCAAAAGGAGAACGGAGCGUCGAGCAAAGGCCAAGUGAUUCACUAAGAACGCUUAUAAUGAUGAACGCUUAUAAAACCCUUUCCAAAGCUAACCUCUUGAAAGAUCUCAAUAUAUUGUUGAUCUUAAAUUGGAUAACCAGAAGAGAUGCCCUUGACCGAAAAUCAGUUAGCACCGCAAACCCCUCCCCCCACGCCUACCACCCCAAGCAGGUCUAUCAGUCGGCGGGGAGACAGCUCCGAAUUAGAGACGACACUAAGACAAAGUCGCCCGCUAAUCCCCGCCAUUUGUCCAGCCUCCACCAAUCGGAUUGUCCUAUUGCUAUCAUCUGUAACAGUCUUCAUUACCGUUCUUCCAGUGUGGUAAUUGCCUCCAGUCCGCCUUUCUGGAGAAAUGGCUCCCAAUUUGCCUCUUCGCUCCUGGUCGAGGAUAGUGGAGCUUAG